GUGUGCCUCGCCGGUACCCUCUCGACGACCGGGCCUCAACGAGCUCGGGGUAUCAACCAACGGAGCUGCAGGCUGGGGACGACACCGCCAUCACCUCCACCGAACGGGCCCAUUUCUUCCCGCUGCGUCGUGCGGGCGACGCUCCGACACCAGCAGGAUGGACUACAGCACGAGUCUCACCGAAUUCCAAAUAAGAGCCAUCGGUAUCCUCGAACGCACCACCUCUGUCUUCUCCCUUAUAGGGUGCAUGGUGGUCAUCAGCACGUUUAGCUUCUCCAAGGCUUUCCACAAACCCAUCAACCGGCUGGUUUUCUACGCAACAUGGGGCAAUCUCAUGACCAAUGUCGCCACGUUGAUGGGUCGGUCCUUUAUUGACGACAUCAACCAGGCCGGGUGCCAGCUCCAGGCGUUCCUCAUCCAGAUGUUUAUGCCCGCCGACGCUUUCUGGAUGCUGGCCAUGGCUGUGAACGUGCAUCUGACCUUUUACCAGAAGUUCGAUGCCCAACGGCUGCGAAAAAUGGAGAUUCUCUACCUCCUGCUCUGCUAUGGGAUUCCCUUCAUCGUCGCCCUGGUCCCGAUCUUUGUCUCUACCCCCGAGAAGGGCCGUAUGUACGGAGACGCAACCUUGUGGUGUUGGAUCUCACCCAAUUGGGACAUCUUCCGUAUCGCCGUCUUCUACGGACCGGUCUGGAUCGUCAUGCUCAUCACCUUCUCCAUUUACAUCCGCGCGGGGCGCGAGAUCUACAAGAAGCACAAGCAGCUGAGGGAGUUCAGCUUCAGCACCAGUCAUCACGACCCGGAGCCCCUGCACGGAUUCGACGAUCCCUUUAGCUCGACAAAAACCACCGAAGUCUUCGUCACCACCGAAGUGGUUGAUAAGUCAGGUACCAUCGAUCUGACACCCCUGGGAGGCGGCGGCCGUCGUGGGUCGCAGGUCGCCUCGCCUCAGAAACCAUCCAAGGCAGCCUACUCUGUCACCAUCUCCUCCCACCGCGAAGCCUCCAACAACAGCAACAACGGCAAUAACGGCAACAACAGCAACAGCAACAACAACAACAACAACGACAACAACAACAAUAGUAAUAUAGAAGGCCAGGUUCAAACAAGCAUAACAGCCGACCCGAAGGGUGCCGCCAGCACUGCUCUCAACCGCCCCGCAACCAACAGCAACAACAAGAACACGAACAAACUCAGCACCAUCACCAGCAGCACUGGCGGCCACACGGGAACAGGUACGGGCACGGGAGCGAACCCGCUCCGGCGGCGGGCGGCGUACGAGGCCAGCAACGCGACCUGGUCGUACACCAAGUGCGCCCUGCUCUUCUUCACCGCCAUGCUGGUGACGUGGAUCCCGUCGAGCGCCAACCGCGUCUACUCGGUCAUCCACCCGGGCAAGGCCCUGCUCCCGCUCGAGUACAUGUCGGCCUCGGUGCUGCCGCUCCAGGGCUUCUGGAACGCCAUCAUCUACUGCGUCACCUCGUGGGGCGCCUGCAAGAUCGUCUGGGCGGACAUCCGCUCCUGGUGGUCGCGCGUCGGAAUCGGCGGCGGCGGCGGCGGCGGCAGCGGGAGGAUGGGGAGGAGGAUGGGGGGGAAGGGGGCGGGAGCGCUGGAUGGGCACGAGCUCGGCCACCGCCACCACCACCACCAUCACCUCCCCGCGGGCGGGGCCGGCGCCGUCGGGCUGCAUCUCCCCCGGACGGCCGGCUUCCAGAAGAUGGGGGGCGGGAAGCGCGGGAGCAAGGCGAGCGAGUCCAAGUUCGAGUCCGAGAGCAUGACGGAACUGGCGGGGAGCCGACCCGGGUCCAGCCGCAGCCCGACCGUGGCGGGCUCUGCUACGCCGCCGCCACCGACCGAGGCGGCUAAGAUGGGCGUGUAAAUCUCUCUCUUUCGGUCUUCUUCUUCUAACCGCGUUCUUCUCGCAUUACUACUUACUUAUACAUACUAUAUCAAUCUUCCGACAUAGUCUAUCCUUUU